AUGGAGUCUAGGAAUAAUGUAAAGAAGGAGGCAAUAAAUGUUGUCUGUCGAAUUCGACCAUUAAAUCAGAUGGAAAGAAUGAAAAAUAGUACAAUGAGUGUUUCAUUUCCUGGACCAAACAGUGUGGCUAUUGGAGGAGUAACUGAACGCUUUGUGUCGUGUGCCAAUGACGUCUUGGAGGCACUUGACGAAGGAAAAAUAAACAGACAUGUUUCAGUAACGAGCAGUGUAAUUAAUGCCCUAGUUGAAGGCAAUACUCAUGUGCCAUAUCGAGAUUCAAAACUAACCAGAAUUCUACAACAAUCACUUGGUGGUAAUUCAAAGACAACCAUUAUCAUUGCUGCUUCUCCGGCAUCGUUUAACGAAAAUGAAACAAAAUCAACGUUUACAUUUGGUGUAAGGGCGAAAACUAUAAAGAAUCAAGUCACAUUGAAUGCUCAACUUACAGCUGAAGAAUGGCGUCGAUUGUAUGAAAGUGAAUCAGAUCGUACAAAAGGCCUGUGUGGAGCUCUCAGUAGUCUUGACAGCGAAAUAAAACGAUGGAGGAGUGGUGAAAAAGUGCCAAAAGAUGACUGGUUCACUGAAGAUAAAUACGCAAAACUACUGAAGGAUUCUCUGGUACAACAGAGUAUCUCACCCUCAGUCAAUCAAUCGCUAUGUUAUUCAGCUAACGAACAAUAUGACCCUAGUUCACCUGCUCAAACGAGUUUGGAAUUACUAAAGCAUAAACUCACUGGCAGUUGUCCAGUUACAGAAACAAAUAAUGAUGCUGAUAUACGUGAGUUAUUUCGACUGCUUGACGAAAAAGAUGAUGAGAUUAAUAAACAAGGUCAAAUUAUUACAAAACUAGAAAGUCAGUUAUCUGGAUUACAGAGUGAUUAUACAAGAAUUAAACAAGAAAAUGAAAAAUUACAGAAUUUAUAUGAACAAGCUCAGAGGACAACUGAAGAAAGUCGUUCAGAAGUAAAAGAUGUACUGCAUGCACUUGAAGAAUUGGCUAUUACAUACGAUGCAAAAAAUAAUGAAACAAAGCGGUGUAAUAAAGAGAUUGAAAUGUUGAACGGAGAGUUAGAUCGACUUAAAUUACAGGCUGAAUCUCACGAGUCUGAAAUAAUGAUGACAAAAGAAGCAUCAAGGAAAGUGCGUGAAAAACUUCAAGAUUUACUGCAAGUAAUCUCUUCGGAACUUGGUGAAGUAGGAUCGUAUAUAAGUAAAAACUUAAGAUACACAAAACCAAAGGUAUUUCAGAGUCUAGAAGAACAAGCAGCUGCACUUAAACUGUAUGUUCUUCAAAUGAAAUGUGAAGCUGAAUUAUCAUUUAAAGAUAUAAAUUCAAGCAAAUCACACAAGAAAGAACAUACUCAAGAGGAACUGACAGAGAUACAGCACGAUACUGACAGAAAAAUCAGAGAACUUCAUGAUAUUAUUGCUGAAUAUGACAAAAAUAUUCGUAAACGUGAAGAAGACAACGCAAAGUUAGAAGGUGAUUUACAAGAAGCCAGUAAAGAAUUAUUCAAGCUAAGAAUGAAUGAUAAUUUGAUAAGUGAAAUUAAACUUGCAGAGAAUAAUCAUGAACAAAUCUAUUCACGUGUACAGUCUAUGAUUGAACGCAGUGGUCAGCAUUAUCAACAACAGUUGACACGAGCAUGGGGAGAUUGUGAAAAAGCUGUUCAUGAAUGUGAACAAAUUAAAGAAGAGAAUAUAAUAUUCAAGCAUCAAAUUGAACGUUUGAUGAAAGAAGUUGAGUACUUGCGUGGCAAAAAAGCUGAUCAAGAAGUGAUAACUAAAGAUCCGCUAACUGUGGAAAAAGAUCAAGCAUACAAUGAAAUUAAAUCAAUGGAAGAUACUGUACUGCAUGAAUUACAAAUCUUAAACUCAUUGAGAAAAGUGUUCGUAGCUGAUUUGAAGACUAGAAUUAGUAAAUUUAACUCAAAAUCUGGCAGUAAUCCAGAAGAUGAACUACUGGAAGAAACUCAGAGUUGCGGUAGUGCAGUUCAAAGAGAGAAAAUUAACUUCUUAAAAACUAGUUUAGAUAAUUUAACUAAAGUACACAAACAACUUGUACGUGAUAAUGCUGAUCUACGAUGUGAUUUGCCAAAACUGGAGAAACGUUUAAAAGCCAGCUGUGAACGCAUCAAAGACCUAGAAACUGCAUUAAGAGAAGGGAAAGAGCAAAUGAUCAGGGAGAAACGUAAGUACCAACAGGAAAUUGAAAGAAUCAAAGAGGCAGCAUGGACAAAUGGAGGUGCUAGACUGAAAACCAAUAUCGCUAAACCGAUUCGUGCUGGACAGUUGAAGGAGUAA